AUGGAGGUGCUUACUUGUUCAAAGGAAGCUUUAGAUUGGAGGAGAAAUGGGCUCUUGGCAUAUGCAGCUGUUCCCGGUUUAUCUUACAACAGACACCCUGUUUCAUGCCGUCUAUACUCCAUUUUGAAGUUUUCUGCCCCAGGAGAAACGAUGCUAGACAACCAAGAUAGCAUCACAAGCUUCGUUGUCCACAUUCUUAGAGCUGUAGAACAGUUUUUGUUUCCCAAUUCAAUAUUAAUCAGUGUUACUGAUGACCUAAUGUUUCACGUAACCAUUGACGACAGCUCAUACGACCUUAUCUUAUCAGAUAUUUUGGCCGCCCAUAAAGCCGCCGGAAGCUUAGUAAUUAACCGCUUUUCAAAAGACCUCCAAUCUUUUCUUUUCAUGUUUAUACCAAAGAUAUCUGCAGUGCUUGACGUCAUUCUAAUUUCAAACGGUGCUCUGGACUUCCCUCUUGAAGCAUUUCCUCUCACAAAGUGUCUAACAGAAAAUGUGCUAACUCUCGGGGACCGCUACAGAGCUGACCCUUUAAAUAAUGAGAUUCACUCCGACUGUCUUUUAUCAGUGUUAUUUAACCUGGCUCUAAUGGCUGUUAAGCCUUCACACCUUAAUAAGGUCCAACAAGUAGGCGCAGGAAUUAGCAACGCUGACAUAACAGAAAAGAUAAUUGCUCCUCUCACUAGGCUUAGUAGAUGCCUUUGGAUGCUCACAGAUCCUGCGUUUAGUCCUGUGUUCAAGUACAAGGGCCUACGAACCAUACGUACUAUCAUCACUCCCCAUCAAUUUUCAUCAUCUCUCAUAGGAAUCUACAUCAGCGACCUUGUGGAAAUGGGGUUCUUCCAUCCUGGCGAAGCAUAUGAUAAGAUACUGCUCAAGGGCUUAACCUUAAAAGAACUGAUUAAAGCAGAAUAA